UUUGUUCCGAGAGACCCGAGAGGCGAGCGGAGCUGACAGUGAUUUUGACAGUGAUUUAAACCCGCUUUUGUUGUUGUUGGCUUUUCGUUGUUUGGUUUUGUGUGUGGUGCGUGUGUGUGGCGGUUUUUCCCCCGUGGUGCAUUUUAUUUUUUAUUGUUGUGCUUUUUUUUCUUCCCUUUUUUUUUUCCCCCUAAAAUCCCGUGAACGUUUUUUUUUUUUUUUUUUUUUUUUUUUUUUUUGGUCGGAGCUUCCGAAUAUGUUUUAUGACGGUUGAUUUUACACCAGGAGGUUUGUCUCCGAGGAAGACCCAGGGAACUGGAUAUCUAGCGAGAACUUCCUACGGAUUCCCCGGCGCCUCGGGAAAAUGGGAGCUGCUGCAAAGUUGGCGUUUGCCGUCUUUCUUAUCUCUUGUUCUUCAGGUGCUAUACUUGGUAGAUCAGAAACUCAGGAGUGUCUUUUCUUUAAUGCCAAUUGGGAAAAAGACAGAACCAAUCAAACUGGUGUUGAACCCUGUUAUGGUGACAAAGAUAAACGACGACAUUGUUUUGCUACCUGGAAGAAUAUUUCUGGUUCCAUUGAAAUAGUGAAACAAGGUUGUUGGCUGGAUGAUAUCAACUGCUAUGAUAGGACUGAUUGUAUAGAAAAAAAAGACAGCCCUGAAGUAUAUUUUUGUUGCUGUGAGGGCAAUAUGUGUAAUGAAAAAUUUUCUUAUUUUCCGGAGAUGGAAGUCACACAGCCCACUUCAAAUCCAGUCACACCUAAGCCACCCUAUUACAACAUCCUGCUCUAUUCCUUGGUGCCACUUAUGUUAAUUGCGGGGAUUGUCAUUUGUGCAUUUUGGGUGUACAGACAUCACAAGAUGGCCUACCCUCCUGUACUUGUUCCAACUCAAGACCCAGGACCACCCCCACCUUCUCCAUUACUAGGUUUGAAGCCACUGCAACUAUUAGAAGUAAAAGCAAGGGGAAGAUUUGGCUGUGUCUGGAAAGCCCAGUUGCUCAAUGAGUAUGUGGCUGUCAAAAUAUUUCCAAUACAGGACAAACAGUCAUGGCAGAAUGAAUAUGAAGUCUAUAGUUUGCCUGGAAUGAAGCAUGAGAACAUCUUACAGUUCAUUGGUGCAGAAAAACGAGGCACCAGUGUUGAUGUUGAUCUGUGGCUAAUCACAGCAUUUCAUGAAAAGGGUUCACUGUCAGACUUUCUUAAGGCUAAUGUGGUCUCUUGGAAUGAACUGUGUCAUAUUGCAGAAACCAUGGCUAGAGGAUUGGCAUACUUGCAUGAGGAUAUACCUGGCCUAAAAGAUGGCCACAAACCUGCCAUAUCGCACAGGGACAUCAAAAGUAAAAAUGUGCUGUUGAAAAACAACCUGACAGCUUGCAUUGCUGACUUUGGGUUGGCAUUAAAAUUUGAGGCCGGCAAGUCUGCAGGUGAUACCCAUGGACAGGUUGGUACCCGGAGGUAUAUGGCUCCAGAGGUGUUAGAGGGUGCUAUAAACUUCCAAAGGGAUGCAUUUUUGAGGAUAGAUAUGUACGCCAUGGGAUUAGUCCUCUGGGAACUGGCUUCUCGCUGUACUGCUGCAGAUGGACCUGUAGAUGAGUACAUGUUGCCAUUUGAGGAGGAAAUUGGCCAGCAUCCAUCUCUUGAAGACAUGCAGGAAGUCGUUGUGCAUAAAAAAAAGAGGCCCGUUUUAAGAGAUUAUUGGCAGAAGCAUGCUGGAAUGGCAAUGCUCUGUGAGACGAUAGAAGAAUGUUGGGAUCAUGAUGCAGAAGCCAGGUUAUCAGCUGGAUGUGUGGGUGAAAGAAUCACCCAGAUGCAAAGACUCACAAAUAUUAUUACCACAGAGGACAUUGUAACAGUGGUCACGAUGGUGACAAAUGUUGACUUUCCUCCCAAAGAAUCUAGUCUAUGAUGGUUGCACCAUCUGUGCACACUGAGAAGUGGGACUCUGAACUGGAGCUGCUAAGCUGAUGAAACUGCGUAGUUUGUUUCCUGUGUGAAAUGAGUAGGAUGUCUCCUGGAAACCAAGGAAGAAGACCUUGUUGAACAUACGGCCCUGGGAGACUUACCGCAUUGCCUACAGCACAGAUGUGAAGGACAUGAGACGAAGAGAAACUGCAAACUCUAUCAAGAAACUUUGGUAAAGUGUACAUGAAGAAUGUUGCCCUCUCUACAUCAAGGAUCUCUUGGACCCGACUAGAGGGUUUGAAAACUGACAUCAGAUUUCUUAAUGUCUGUCAGAAGACACUAAUUCCUUAAAUGAACUACUGCUAUUUUUUUUUAAAUCAAAAACUUUUCAUUUCAGAUUUUAAAAAGGGUAACUUGUUUUUAUUGCAUUUGCUGUUGUUGUUUCUAUAAAUGACUAUUGUAAUGCCAAUAUGACACAGCUUGUGAAUGUUUAGUGUGCUGCUGUUCUAUGUACAUAAAGUCAUCAAAGUGGGGUACAGUAAAGAGGCUUCCAAGCAUUACUUUAACCUCCCUCAACAAGGUAUACCUCAGUUCCACGGUUGCUAAAUUAUAAAAUUAAAAACACUAACAAAAUUUGAAUAAUAAAUUGAUCCGUGUUUUGUAACAAAUUCACUGUGUUAUUUAAGGAAAAAAGGUGUAAGCUAUACUUAGUGCCAACAGUAUGUGGCCAUUCGUAAAGCAGUGUUUUCACUUUUCUCGUGCUGGCUUGUAAUUUAGGAGAAAAAAUGCUGUUUUUUGAAAUGAAAAGAUGGUAUUAUUUUUCCUUUCUUCCCAUGUUUUAAAGCUCCAUCUUCUAUUCAGUUCCCAAAAUAUUGCAUACUUACCUUACCUAGGUGUUUUUGUUUUUUUUCUUUUUUAAGGUGUGCUGUGUUUGGGGAAUAUUUGAAAAUUUAAAGCAUGAUUUAAAUUUUUUAAAGUGAGCUGUGACACUGGAAAGCUCUUCAUUUUAUCUUUAAAAUAGAUUUUUUUCCUAUUUAUAUAUGUAAAAUUGUAGUGUAUUUCUUUCUACCAAACAGUGUGUGGGACAUUCUUUAUCACUGUUUUAGAAUCACCUCAGGAAAUGUCGUUACCCAGAAUUCCUCACUCUCUGCUUUGAGACUUGUAACUUUAUCACAAUACUUCUGCUUGGUGCCAUCUUGUCAGAGUAAUAUUUGAUGUCUGUGAUAUGUAAAGAAUUAUCCUAGGGUAGAGAUAUUAAACCAUAAGCAGAUUUCAGAUGUUACUGCUUUAAAACAAAUCAGGGAUUAAAAAAAUUAAACAUGUAACUUAAAAUAUGCAAUGACACUUAGAGGUAACCAAUGUUGAUAUAGGGGACAUACCUAUAUGUCUAGCCUUCCUCCUCAAAAUUGCUUUCAUGACUAGCUCGGAUAUUAAUUUAGGAUAGUCCAUGCCUUAUCCUUGCUAAGAAGAUGGAAUCGAUGGUAGGUAGGUGUCAAAGUGCUUUUUCAAAACAAGAUUAUGUUAGAAUACAAUUGGUUUCUUCCCAAAUUGAUACAGGCCGAAGUAAAACAUUAAUUAUCUGAAUUUUCAGAUUACUAAUCAACAAAUAGCCAGUAUUAUGCUACGUACUUUUGUCAGGUCAUUUUAAAACCUGUACGUUAAUUUAUAAAAGAAUUUUUUACAUGUCACUGUUAGGAGCUCACUGUGAAUGUUAUCUUCAAGUGGUUAUUUAGCCAUGCAGUACACUACAUUUUACAUAUAAUAUGCACCUAAUCUCUGGGAAUAAUAAAUUGUUAUUUAUAAACAGGUCAGACUCUGAGCAGGGAGGGAAAGAAGAGUAAUAACAUUCCUGUCUGUGUGCCACACACCGUGCAGAACUGCUUGUACUCUAGGCACGUGUGUAUCUAAGGUCUCACUGUAUUCCUAAGAAUUCCCAUUUCAAUGUUGAGUUCACCUCUUUAUUUCACAAAGUACUUGGCUUCUCAACUUCUUGAUUUGGUUUUGCUUCCAUUUAAAAACUCAUCAAGAAGGGGGAAAAUAUUGAGAAUGUGCAAACAAGAAAAUUGUUAAUCUCCUGAAGACAAAUUUCUACCUGUGGUAAACAUUCACCCUCUUUUUUAAAAGCUAAAAAACAAAACCAAAACAAACAAGGGAUAUUAUGAUGAAUAUUUGGCUUAUAUGAGCAUUAGAAAUAAAUUUUUUAAAAACCAGUUAUUCACAAUAGAAGAUGUUUUCUCUUCAACUUAGAAGUUUUUAGACAUCCUGGAUAUUGUACUUAACUGUAGCUAAUCAAUUUUAAAACUUGUAUCCUUUUGAGAACUAUAUUAAUAGAAAAUCUUUUCUAUAAGCAGUAAAAUAAGAAUGUUCCAGUGACUACCUGUCCUGAUACCUAGUCUUGUUAAAACUUUCUUUUGCAGGGUAUUCAAUGUUUGGUUUACAGUCAUUGCAGACUGGGCAAGUUAACAAAAAGUUCUGAGCUAGGGAUACUGGAAGAAGAAAGACCUAAGAGUGAGAAAGAUGGUGAUUUGUGUUGGGACGAACAGACCCCAGUGACUCUCAUGUGUAUGGUGCUCUUCAUGGUUUGUCUUGUAUGUUGCUUUUCUGAUGCCCAUCAGAACUGCUCCUCUAACUUACACUCUUCACCUUGCCCAGAUCUCCGUGUAAAGAAUGCUUUAUGAUUAACUGCCAUAGGACUGAUGGAUUAACCAGUGUUUGGCUUUAUUCAAAGUUUAUUCCCUGCACAGCUCUUGUAUGUAUAGUAGAUGCUAGGAAGUUUUUAGCAUGUGAUGUGUGAUUCUUGUUUGAAUGUUUUUAUUACAGGUACCGUGUGAAUUCCACAACAGAGACUGUGCCUCACAAUUGUUAGUCCCGUGAACUUGCACUAUCUUUCAUGGUGAUGUUUUGAAAAUAUAAUCAGGAAAAAAAAAUCAACAUCUUUGGAAUUUAAAGAUAGAAUCAUAUAUCUUGAAAUUUAAAAAGAAUCUCUUCUGUCCCAUUUCCUCACUCCUAAGUAACAGCUACAUUUAGGUGAAACACAGGUGGUAGGGGAAAAAAAAAUCUUGGCCAGAUGGUAGUUUAGUGGAAUAAACUGAUUACUGUUUUUUAAAAAAAUGCUUCAUCACAGAUAUUUUCCGGUUUCUCUUUUUUACUUUUUUGAAAAAUUACUUUUUAGGAACAUUUGGUAUGAUGUACAUAAAAUUAUUUACUGAUUAUGGGCAAAAUGAUACAAGUAGCAUCUUGAUUGGACAUCAUUUACCUCAGAUAUUCAACCAGCAGUACAUUUUUUAUGCAGUCUCAACCCAUAUCCUAUUUGUUACCUCUCAGAAUAUGGUAAGCAAUUAUUUUAGCUUUACUCUGUAUUUCUUGUCAGUGUUUUUGGGCACAGGUGGUUGUACUACUGUCAAAUCGUACUUGCUACUUUUUUUUUUGGCAAGUAUUUAACAGAAAGCUAAAAAAAAAAAAAUUCCCAUAAAACCCCACAUUGGAUAAGUGAUUGUUAAAUAUUGUACAAAUAAAAUGUAUGCUAUCCCCAUUCCAUCCCCAAGUUAAAUAAAAAAAUGAAUAUGAUAUGA